UCCCUCCCCCGGGAGAGCCGGCGAGCAUUAAUAAAUCUCUAAACCGGGGAGGAAACUCUGGCUGGGGUAGUGCGCGCAGCUCCGGCUGGCUGUUAGGGGAAACAGCGGCGCCUGAGAAGGUGACGGCAGGAGCAGCCCAGCUAGCAAAACAUACUAGAGGCAGCAAACCGAGAGGAGUCCCCUCUUGUAAACACACUCUUCUCCUUAGCCGCUAUCUUGCGGGUCGCGCGCCUGCCUGCUUUGGCGCCGGAGAAGGUUCGGACUGCUAUGUAACGUCGAGGCUGCGGGAGGAAGAAGAGGUGUAGGGGAGAAGAGCCUGGGGCCAAGUUUGCUGCUACUUCGGCAGGCGCCCUCUUAGCCUUUCCCUGCUCCUUGUAGCUUAGCUGGCCUGAGUGCCCUUGGCUUUCUCCAGCUCCCCAGCUGCUGCGUUUCCCGGCGACAUGGUGACGAUGGAGGAACUGCGGGAGAUGGACUGCAGCGUGCUCAAAAGGCUGAUGAACCGAGAUGAGAACGGCGGCGGCGCGGGCGGCAGCGGCAGCCACGGCGCCCUGGGGCUGCUGAGCGGCGGCAAGUGCCUGCUGCUAGACUGCAGACCGUUUCUGGCGCACAGCGCGGGCUACAUCCGAGGCUCGGUUAACGUGCGCUGCAAUACCAUAGUGCGGCGGAGGGCCAAGGGCUCGGUGAGUCUGGAGCAGAUUCUGCCCGCCGAAGAAGAGGUGCGCGCUCGCCUGCGCUCUGGCCUCUACUCGGCCGUCAUCGUCUACGACGAGCGCAGUCCGCGCGCCGAGAGUCUCCGGGAGGACAGCACGGUGUCGCUGGUCGUGCAGGCUCUGCGCCGUAACGCGGAACGUACAGACAUCUGCUUGCUUAAAGGUGGCUAUGAGAGGUUUUCCUCUGAGUACCCAGAAUUCUGCUCCAAAACCAAGGCCCUCGCAGCCAUUCCGCCACCUGUGCCCCCCAGCACCACUGAGUCCUUGGACCUGGGCUGCAGCUCCUGUGGGACCCCACUACACGACCAGGGGGGUCCCGUGGAGAUCCUCCCUUUCCUCUACCUCGGCAGCGCUUACCAUGCUGCCCGCAGGGACAUGCUCGACGCCUUGGGGAUCACAGCCCUGCUGAACGUGUCCUCCGAUUGCCCCAAUCACUUUGAGGGACAUUUCCUGUACAAGUGCAUCCCGGUAGAAGAUAACCACAAGGCUGAUAUCAGCUCCUGGUUCAUGGAAGCCAUCGAGUAUAUUGAUGCAGUGAAGGAGUGCCGAGGGCGAGUGCUGGUCCACUGCCAGGCCGGCAUCUCCAGAUCAGCCACCAUCUGCCUGGCUUACCUCAUGAUGAAGAAGCGCGUGAGGCUGGAGGAGGCUUUCGAGUUCGUCAAGCAGCGCAGGAGCAUCAUCUCGCCCAACUUCAGCUUCAUGGGGCAGCUGCUGCAGUUCGAGUCUCAGGUGCUCGCCACAUCCUGCGCUGCCGAGGCUGCCAGCCCUUCGGGCCCCCUGCGGGAGAGGGGAAAGGCCACUCCCACCCCCACCUCGCAGUUUGUCUUCAGCUUCCCUGUGUCUGUGGGUGUCCACUCGGCCCCCAGUAACCUGCCGUACCUGCACAGUCCCAUCACCACUUCCCCCAGCUGUUAGGACCAGUCUCGGAACACCAAGGCCAGCAUCAGGGGGACCCCCCUGCCAGGGUUGUGCUAGCCACAUGAGGGCAGCAAGUAGGAACUGGCCAGUGGGGGACCAGGUGACCAUGCUCUGUCCCCACCCAUUUCUCCUUGGCCAAUAACAGGGCCAGCUAGAAUGGCAAUAAGACUUUAAAUACACAUUAAAAACAAACAAAACACUCCAACGUAGAGCAAUAACGUCGGCUGCAGCCAGGGAAGACUUGGUGUAUGUGUCGGUUUUUACUUUGCAGGUAGAUGUUUACCUCAUUUUUUUUUUUUGAAAGCAGUCAAGCUUGAAGUUGUGAAACCCCACAGAUCCUGGCAAAUGUGCCCAACCAAUUUUAUUAAGUAGAGAGGGAAAGGAAAGAGGAGAGAAUGGGUUUGCCAGAAGUGCCUGGUUCUAUGUGCUUGUUCUAUUGUUGCAUUCGCAGGAAUUUUGUUCCAGAUCUUCUAGGCCACUUCUAAUUAGUCAACAGCUGAAUAAUUAUGCUUAAUCAAUAUUUGAGAACUUCAUUAGGAUGUAUGUGCAGGAGUCCCAUGACUUUGGAAUGCAUUUCUGUUGAGGUCAUACAGUAGAGCACAGAAACACACAGGUGUACUGGCAACAAGGAAGUAAGUGGCCAGUCUGGGUUUCU